AGUCACUUGAUUGGCUCGAAAUUGAUUGAUUGUUACGUAGAUAUACGUACGUUACACAAAUACAUGCUAUCAAAAAAAUACGCAAUCACGGAAUAUGUAUCUACAAGGCUUAAAUUUGUUACGGGAAAUCGCUGGAAUCUUUAGAAAUUCCCAGCAGCCUGAUUGUUUAGAUUUAGAUAAAUACGUCGCGAGUGAAUAAAUGACUUAAGAAUUAGAACAUGUCAGAAUAAUCUUCCGACGAUAAGUGCAUCAUUAAUUUAUUAUACGAUACGAUCAAGAAUUUUUGCGCACUAUUUCAAAGUCUCUAUCACUUCAUGUACUAUCACAGACAUAAUGAUUGAUAAGCCUAAUUUUAAUCCAGAAACGCAAUCGAUCUAUCUCAUUUGCUUUUAUCUUGCUGUGAUUGAAAUUAAAGUAUCAAAGACUUCCUCAAGGUAUAUAAACCCAUUUAGCUCUACUGUCUUGUGUAUUAACGGUUAUUCUUUACUAAAGGAAAAGUCGUAUUACUUGGUAAAUUUGUAUUUUCAAUUUCGUACCUAUAUCUAUCGUUCUUCUUCGCGUCUGGGAUUUGCUUUGUCCCCACCCGGAAAAUCCUUGGCAGUCAGAUCGGCGCAGACUGUCAGCGCCGUCGCUUCGUGAAGGGUGCGCAACAUUGACUCUACGAGAGUUGACGGUCUCGAUCAGUGCGCGUAAUGUCAGUUACCUGGCAAGAUAUCUCCUAGUGGAGAAUAGCCUGUCAGGAGGCUUGCCAUUCAUCUGGCAGUCACUGUCAGCGAUUGACAGUGGUCGAACGUUGUUGCUGCACGGUUUUUUUUUUACCAGGAGAAACUAAAUUUGGUUAUUUUAUUUCUGACCGUGAUAUACAAAGAUUUCAUUGAUUUGUGCAGCAUCCCUUACAUUUAAGGGAUAGAACGACGAAUAGUGGGAUUUCAUUAGAUUCUAGUAAGGGUCACUUAACAGAUCUGUCCUUAGAAGGAACAGAUUUCAAGAGAUUCUGACAUCUUAUACAGGAACAAACAAAAGUUUGCGAAAAAAAGUUUCAAGCAAAUGACUUCGUGGCGCCUAUAUUCUCAUAGAUCCUGAUUGAGAACGAGGCUCAUCACGCCUUAGAUUGUACAUGGUGUCAUCGAAGAAUGAUGCCGGCGUCGCGACGCUCUUUAUUGACGAAAGGCAAACGAGGAAACGCGAGCGUCAAGCACGAAUCGAUAACCCCGUGCAAACCACCCUGCGGCUGUCGACUUUCCAAACUCUGACUGUCGUCAAUCCGAUAGAGGAUCGUUGAACUCAGUUAACUGCAGCGUGGUAGUUCUCUCAGAAGAAAUUAUACAAGAUGUUGGCCUGCUGGGUCCUGGCUGGUGUCCUGGGUGCCAUUGUACUUCUCCACACCCUCCUCGAGGUCCACUACUUUUUGCGCAUGUUCUUUACACUCUUUCUGGCGCGAUUUUGCAAAAAGCGCGUUCACAUCCUGGACGAGACUUCUGUAUACGGCAUCUGCACAACCACCGACGUCGAUACUCUUCUCUAUCACAUGAAUAACGCACGUUACCUGAGAGAGUUGGACUUUGCCAGGGUCGACUUCUACGAAAGGACGAGUCUUUAUCGUGAGAUUCGUAGUCAGGGUACCGGUGUGGUACAGGGUGCGGCCACUAUACGCUAUAGAAGAUUCCUGAAGCCCUUGUCAAUAUUUAAGAUAACAUCCAAGAUUAUUUAUUGGGAUGACAAAUCCAUUUUUAUGGAGCAUCGAUUCAUUACACCGAGUGAUGGAUUUGUCAGAGCCAUUGCAAUCUGCAGGCAGAGAGUUUUGGACUGCAGUGCGGAGGCUGUGAUUAGUGUUUUGAUGGAUCGUGGAGUCAAACAGAAUCAAAAUGUCGAAGCUGGAGUUACUCAGAUUCCGCAUGUCAGACCUCAAAUCCCACCGGAAGUAGCAAGAUGGCUGGAGAGCAAUGAGAUAUCAUCCGCUACCUUGAGACAACCGGAAAACGUGACGACGCCUUGCUGACGAAUGGAGGAGGCGACGCCGGGCAUCAGCAACGGCGUCCCAACAUGCGCAUCUUCGUGCGAAACGACAACAGUCUAACGAAGUUGGAGAUACGCUUUUAUAAACUGUUCAUUGUGUCACAUUUGGUGCGCGCGACGUAAUCGUGUACGUUUCCUAUAAUGAAUCGUGUGAUACCAUAUAGGGACUAUAUACAUAUAUGUAGAUUUAUAUAUACAUAAAUAGUAUGUAUAGUGGCGACUGAUGGACCACCAGUGAGACUAUUGUCUUUAAUGGUAUUUAUUAAGUUAGAAAAUUGAUAAGCACGGGCAUUAUUCUGGCCAAAAAACCUUAGGGUAUUACGUGAAAUUAGCUUUAUUACUGAUACGUGUUCAUAACUAUACACGUAUUUUAUCGAUGACACUUCAUUAUAUUACAUAGAUAGUUCUCUCAUUAGAGAUCGUUAUAAUAUCGGAUACUGUUUUAAUAUACCGUUAGAAGAUUAUUUAAUGCGAGAGAAAUAUAGACAAGAGUUGCAGAAUUA